GUCAAAGUUCAAUGUUGAUGGGCAUUUAUAGGAAAAUAGUGUAGAAUAAUUAUUCACAAGCUACAAAACAAGAUCACAGAUUGACAGGUUAAUUGAUGUUUCACUCGACACUACGUGUUCCCCUGAGAUCUCUGCUACAACAGUUUAUCAACCGCCACCGUUCCUACCACCCGAGCCAAGCCAAACAAAUCCCUAUGGAGCUCUGUGGUGUAGUACAAGCCUUGGAGAAGAUAGCACCCACCAAACUAGCAGAGGAAUGGGACAACGUUGGUUUACUACUAGAGCCAAAACCGUCUGAACUAAUACGAGGAGUGUUCAUCACCAACGACCUCACAGAGCCUGUACUGAGUGAGGCACUCUCCCUGAAUAAUAUUGGACUAAUUUUGUCCUAUCAUCCUCCCAUUUUCCAGUCAUUCAAGAAGCUCACACAAGGCUCUGCUAAGGAGAGGAUAUUAUUGAAAUGUGCACAGUCAGGUAUUGCAGUGUAUUCCCCUCACACGGCUCUGGAUAGUAUGGAGGGUGGGAUUAACGACUGGUUACUGGCUGGUGUUGGGGAGGGUGUAGUGUCCUCCAUUGGAGCUAGGAAAAUGGGAUCUAGAGCUGGCAAUGUGGUGAACUGUGAGGGGGUGGAACAAGGUCACUUGGAGGAACUCUGUAAAUCAUAUCCACUUGUGGAGCUCAGGAGUGAGGGGGAGAUCUGUUGCAGUGAUAGUGACCUGGUAAAUAUUCUCCCCUUGUUAAAGAAACUGUCUCCUUCCAACAUCUUGGUCAACUCUUCUACCAAAGUUGAAGUAGUGCCUUCAGGAGGACGUUUGGUACAACUGUCUCAGUCUCUCUCUGUUGCUCAAGUCAUCGACAAAGUGAAGACCUACCUCCAUCUCCCUCACCUCCGAGUCGCCAUGCCAACCAUUGAUCGUCCAAUCAACAGCGUGGCCACAUGUGCUGGCUCAGGUGGUUCUGUACUGCAAGGUGUUCAAGCCGACCUCUACCUGACUGGAGAAAUGUCCCAUCAUCAAGUACUGGAGGCUACUGCUCAAGGCACAGCCGUGGUUCUGUGUGAGCAUAGCAACACUGAGAGGGGAUAUCUCAAAGAGGUUUACAGGAGGAGAGUGGCAGAGAGUCUGCCUGGAGUGGAGGUGGUGUGCUCAGAGACUGAUAUGGACCCGUUAAAAAUUGUCUGAACAUUAAUUUUAUGUGUCACACUGUGUUUGUGCAUUGACAAAGGAGAUAAAAGUGUGUAAACUCAAA